AUGAAGCCUAAUCUCCUCUUAUAUUUUCUCCUCCUUUGUUUCCUCCGAGCCAAGUGGAGCUUAGCCACCAGUGCCAGCCAUGCUGCAGAGGACCGAGUUCAGCAGCCGCCACAACUCCUCCGACACCAACCAGUUCAAGGGCUGAAUGCGACUGUGAGGCUGUCUGGUGAUGGUGAUUCCGGAAGGGAAAACAUGCAGUUCGAUACUGUGAAAUCGAGUAAGUACUCGAAGAAAGGCGGCUUUGGAGGCAGAGGGAGGAUUAUUGGCGCGGGCUCGCAGUCGCUCCGUCAACCUCAUCAUAGUCGGAGCAGCUCGCCAUCGACGCUACAGACGCGCUCUUCUCUAUCGCCCCUUCCCCUCCUCCUUUUUGCCUUGCUUUAACUGCGGCGACUUCUCUAUCGUUAGCGAUGAAAUAAUUGCCAUGGACCUUCAAACAUUGUACUACGUAAGCAUUGUAUGAACUCAUCUAAUCUAUAACUAUGACACCAGUCAUGAUGCUUCA